AGUGCACAUCAGAGUUUAACCUUUUGCCUCCGUUGCGAAGGGGGAAAAUGGCGACUUGCGGGAACGCUUUCCUGCGGAUCAGAUACCGUCUUGCAGGACAAGUUCUGAGAUAUGUGGACAGGGGAACUGUAAACUGUGGACAAGCUCGUCACGUGAGCUCUGAGAUGGAGAGAGGUGCAGGAGGGAGGUCUUCGUUCAGUGGAGUUGUGGCAACCGUCUUUGGUUCCACUGGUUUUGUUGGGAGAUACGUUGUCAACAGACUCGGUAAGAAGUGGGUGUGUCCAGUGGGCGUGGCUCUCUUUCAUACUUACAUGUGUGGGGAAGGACAGGCUGAAUUCUGUGUGUGCAGGUCGCGUGGGGUCACAGAUUGUUGUUCCUCUGAGGGGAGAUGAACAUGAUUACCGCCAUCUGAGGCCAAUGGGAGACCUGGGCCAGAUCACUCCUCUGGAAUAUCAUUUGAAAGAUGUCGAAUCGGUCAAGAAGGCAGUUCGACACUCUAACGUCGUCGUCAAUCUUGUCGGGAGAGACUACGAGACCUGGAACUUUAAGUACAGAGAGGUGCACGAGGAGGGAGCAAGGGUGAUUGCCGAGGCCUGCAGGGAGGCAGGGGUCCAGAGACUGAUCCAUUUCUCUGCCCUCAAUGCUGACCCACACUCUCCCUCAUCCUUCCUUCAAUCUAAGGCAAGAGGUGAAGAGCUGGUGAAGGAAGCGUUUCCGACGGCAACCAUUGUGCGUCCGGCAGACAUAUAUGGUCACGAGGACAGGUUCCUGAGUUUCUACGCCAGUCUGCGUGGGUUUCCCUUUCACCUGAUCCCUGUUCUUGACAGAGGGAACCUCACACAUAAACUGCCUGUCUACGUAGGAGAUGUGGCCCAGGGAGUCGUGAAUAUCAUCUCAGAUCAAACAACCGCUUCAAAAACUUUUGAGUUUGUCGGUCCCCACUCAUUUGUCCUGAGGGAUCUAGUUCGCUAUAUCUACCACGUCAUGUACCGCCAGUGUGUCCUGGUCAGCCCUCCUCGCUGGGCCUACAGACUGGUCGCCAGAACUCUGGAACUGUCUCCCUUUGUCCCUCACAUGACGAGAGACAUACUCACCAGGCUCCACCUCUCUAACAAGGCAACGCCCGGAGUCCCUCGUCUGGAAGAUGUGGGCGUGUCUCCAUUGGCUCUCGAGGAUAAAGCUCUCCCCAUUCUCCGGAGGUACCGUGAUUUCCUCCAUUUUGACCGAUCACUUGACGAACUGGAGGCUCCCAACAAGUCCUAGUCAACCUAACACUCCACCCUUCCGUGUGUUAAACAGAUAUUGUCAUAGUCCAGUUGAAAAAACAGUCUAUAUAUAACUCUGAGAUUGGUGGGUGUGGAGUGUGUGUGGAGUGUGUGUGUGCUAUGUGUGAGGGUGUGUGGGGAGUGAGUCUGGUGAUGAAGGGAGAGGGGUGCCAUCGAAGGGGAUGGGAGGGGGGUAAGUGGUGAUUGUGGAGGGCUCUGAGGCGUUGAAAGCUCUGCGGAUCUGCUGCGGGUCCUUCCCUUGUAUCAUGUCUGCCACAGCCUUGCACAGAAUGUCCAGUAGUCCUUUUAUAUCUAGGUAAUUGGCGGCCAGUAGAAGGUCGUAGACGUCUUCUCUGUUUUUUGCCACAAAUUCUCGUUCCCACUGAGUGAGGGUGUGGCUGGGUGGAGGCAGCAGCUGCGCUCUUGACCUCUGCGGGACCCUCGGCUAGAGACACACACAGAGACAGGGAGAGACUCCUUGAAAUACAGCAAAACCUCUGAAAAAA